AUGUCCGAUACUACUGAUAAUAAUGAAAAUAGAAAUAUAGAAAAUUUUAAUAAAAAUAAUUUACAUUCUAUAUGUCCAUUAUGUUAUAUUUUUAUACAAGAGAUUAGGAAAUGCUAUGAACAGAUAAAUGAAUCAUUACCAUUGGAUAAUCUUAAUCAUUGUCAUGUUAAUUUAAAUAAAAAUAAAACGAUUAAUAAUGUAACUGAUUUAAUUAAAGUUAAUAAACAGAAUUCAGAAAGAUCGCCAUCACCAUCACCGUCACCAUUGCCAUCGCCAUCAUCACCAACAUCACCAACAUCGUCAUCAUCAUUAAAACAUGAUCAUAUUUCAGUGAUAAUAUUAGAUGAAUUAAAACGUUUUUGUGAAAAUACAACAAUACGUGGUCUACCACGUAUAGUUCGUGCACAUAAUCGUUAUUUACGUUUAUUAUGGUUAAUUUUAGUAUUUAUUUUAAUAUUAGGUUGUUUUAUUUGUAUGUUUUUUUUAGCUAGACAAUAUUUAGAAUAUAAUGUUAUACAUCCACCACGUGUAUUACGUCAUACAGUUAGUCCAUUUCCAUCAGUUACUGUAUGUAAUUUUCGUCCAAUUUCACCAGAUGGAUUAAAAUAUUUACAAAUGAAAGGUUGGAAAACACCAAGACAUUUUGUAUUAGAUUUAGCUACAUAUGCUCAAUAUAUUUUUUAUAAUAAACAAAAAAUUGAUGAAUAUAAUGCAGCAAGUGCAGCAUUUUCAUUAGCUGGAUUUUUAGAAAGUUUACCAAAUAAUGAAGAAAGAAGAAAACUUGGUUAUCAACAUGAUAAAUUAAUAAUUAAAUGUCAAAUAACAUAUUUAAAUGGAAGUAAACCAGUAGCAGCACCAUGUGAACGUAAUGGUAUAUGGCGUAAAUUUAUUCAUGCACAAUAUUUAAAUUGUGCUACAUUUGAACCAUUUAGUUAUUUACGUUCUGAUACAACAAAUAUAGAAAUGUAUAUUUAUUUAGAUGAAAUGUUAAAUCGUGCUCAUUGUAUUGAUUGUUUUCAUGGUGAAGUGAAAUCACAAUUAUCUGGUGCAUUAAUAACAAUACAUGGGGCUGAUACAUUACCAAAUAUUAAUGAUAAAAGUAUUAAUUUAAAACCUGGUACAUUAACUGAAUUACGUUUAUCUAUUAUAGAAAAUAUACAAAAAAUGCCACCAUAUGGUAGAUGUUCUAUAAAUCAUCCAAUACAUUUAAAUUUAUAUGAUAUGUUAUAUAAUUAUUCAGAAUAUGCAUGUCGUGAAUUAACUAUACAAAAUGAUAUAAUACAUUAUUGUAAUUGUUAUUCAAUUGAAUAUCCAUAUAAUGAAUAUACAAAUUAUAAACCAUGUACUAAUUUAUUACAAUUUAUUAAUAUAUCUAAUUGUAAUCGUAAUGAUUUAUUAAAAAUCAAUAAUCAUAAUCAUAAUAAUAAUAGUAAUAAUAAUAAUAAUAAUAUUAAUAUCACUAAUUUAUGUAUUAAUGAAUUAAAUAAUUUUAUAACAAGAAUGAUGUGUAAACGUACAAUUAUAGAAAAUUAUUUACAUGGUGAAUUACCUAAUUGUAAAAUACCAUGUUCAUUUUAUUCCUAUGAAACAGAACAAUCAAUAUCAACAUGGCCAACUAAAAGUUGGCAAUUAACGUGGUUAAAUUCAUCAUAUAAUAAAAAAUUAGGUAUAUUUAAUAAUACAGAAUUUAUAUUAUAUCAUAAAGCAAUUAAAUUAUUAGAUUUAGGUAAUGAAUUAGAUGCAAUUAAUAUAUUAGAUAAAUUAAAUGUAUUAGAACGUAAAUUAUUAGCUAUAUUAAUUAAUCGUCCUAAUUUUGAUGUACGUAAAGUUGAAGAAAAAGAAGUGAUAUCAUUAACUAAUUUAUUAUCACAAACUGGUGGUUUAUUUUCUAUAUGGAUUGGUUUAUCUAUUAUAUCAUUAGGUGAAUUAUUUGAAAUGUUUAUACGAUGUUACAUAAGAAUAAAACAUACUACUACUAAUACUACUACUAAUAAUAAUAGUGAUAAUAAUACAUUACAUCGUCAUCAUGAUCAUCAAAAUGAUGUAAUUCAUAAAGAACAAUGUUUAUGUAAAUAUAAUCAUAUAUUAUGUAAUACAUUAUUAAGUCACUUACAUAAUAAUAAUAGCAAUAAUACAAAUGAAAUGAUUAAUACAAUUAAUAAAAUGAUAAUAACGAAUGAAAAUAAUUUAUAUAAUUCAUUAAUACUAACGAAAACAAAUGAUAAUAAUCAAGAAAAAAUUAAUAUAAAUGAACAAUUAAAUAUUGAAUAAAUUCAAUUGAUCAUCUAUUCAUUAUACACACAUAUAUAUGCACAUAUAUACAUUCAAUUCAUAUUCUUGAUGAGAUGAUCAUGAAUGAACGAUCUUUGAAUGAUAUUAAAGUGAUGUUUUAAACAUCUAUCUAAUAUGUGAGAUCAAAUAGAUGAAGAAUUAGAAUCAUGUUUUAUAAUUAAUGACGAAUAAAAUUAUGAAUUAAAUUUAAUAUUUUGCAUUAUGAAUUAAUAUUAACUAUAAUGGUAAAAUGCUAUUUAGUCAAAUAGAUGGAUGAAUGAAUGAAUGAAUUAUGCGCUAAAAUUCAAGAUCCAUUAUCUUUUAUGUGAUUGGUUCGUUUAUAAACUAUAGUUAAGCCAUAUUUUCAAUCAUAAUAAUAAUAAUAUCAUUAUUAUGUUUGUGUAAUGACAAACUAUUUAUAUAAAAGUAAACAAAAUAUGUUGUAACCAUGUAAUUUUAUGAACAAAAAAAUUUAUUGUCUUAUUUUCAUUAGUUUGUCUCGGUGUUUUUCAAUAUAAAAAAUAAUAUUCAUAAAUGUUUACUUAUUUAUUGAUUUAUUUAUUAAUUAAUGAAUGAGUGAUUGUAAAUAAAGAUUAAAGUUAUAGAAG